GAGAAAUUCAAUUUGAGCAAUGAACCUCAUGUGAAUAUGGCUAUUGAGGAUCACAUGAAGAGAAGAUACUACACUUGGCGUUACAAUUUGCAUCAGAAAUUUCUAGCAUAUGGAUCCGAGGAGGCACUUGAAAAUCGACCUCAAACAGUGGGAGAGGAUGAUUGGAACUAUCUAGUUCAAUUAUGGCAAAAAGAUGAGUGGAAGAAAAGUAGUGCAAAAAAUAAGGAAAAUAGAAAGAAAUUGAAGAUCACACAUUGUGCUGGGACAAAGGCCUUUAGUCGUAUUAGAUAUGAAAAUAUCCUUUGA